AUGAUCCACGCACCCGUCGUCGACAGGUCCAGCUCGCAGCUCUCGACCAGCCUCCGCCCGAGGCCAGCGUCCAACAACAGCGACAGCCAUGGCGCCAGCAACGACGCCGACAAUCGCGACCUCGACAUCUGCGACAUCAUCGACCUCGACCCGUCGAUCGCACCGCCCCAGCUAGACGGCUCUCACCCGCUCGCAGAGAAGCACUCGCGCCUCUCGCUCCACGAGGCCAGCCUUUGGGACUCGCUCGCAAAGUUUCGCUUCGAGACAAACAAGGAGGUCGACAUCCUCCUCGAGCGUGUCACCGUCCAGGGACACCGCCAUCGCCCUCACUCGCUCCGCACCGUCCCCGACGCCUUUGUCGAGAAUGCCACCUUCUUUGCCACGCUCGGCGGCUACCUCACACGCUGCUUCUCCAGAAGACAGCAGGUCGACACGCUCCUUUCGGACAUCACCGCUCGCUUCGACCCCGGCGAGAUGGUCUUCGUCCUAGGCCGCCCUGGUUCGGGCACCGAGGAGCUCCUCCAGCUUCUCUCGAACCGCACCGCGGGCCUGGCUUCCGUCCAGGGUCGCUUCGAGUUCGCCGGCGUGCCCGCACAGCAGUUUGCUCGCGACCACCCCGCCGAGUCGCUCUACGCCUCGGCGUACGACGAGCACUAUCCCACCGCCACCGUCGAGGACACGAUCCGCUUCGCCCUCGAGGCAAAGACGCCAAAGGUGCUGCCGCCAGAGAUGCGCGACGACCCGCAGCGCUACGUCCGCGAGGGGCUCGACUCGAUCCUCGAGCUCCUCGGCAUCGGCCACGUCCGUGGCAGCAUCGUCGGCGACGAGCACCUCCGCGGCGUCUCGGGCGGCGAGCGCAAGCGCGUCUCGAUCGCAGAGAUUCUCGCCUCGGGCUGCGCCGUCGCGUGCUGGGACCAGUCGACCAGGGGCAUGGACAGCACCACGGCCCUCAGCUUCGUCAAGGGCCUCCGCAUGAUGAGCCGCCUCUUUGGCGUCAUCAACAUCGCCUCCUUCUACCAGGUCAGCGACGACAUCCUCGGCCGCUUCGACAAGGUCGUCGUGCUCGAGCACGGCAGGCAGGUCUUCUACGGCCCGCCGUCGGCCCUCGUCGACCACUUCGCCAGCCUCGGUUUCGUCAAGACGCCCGCACAGACCACAUCCGACUUUGUCACCGCCUGCCUCAGCGGCAGCGCCGACCGCGGCUCUGCGACUUCGCCCGACCGGCCGCUCGCCAUGACCGCUGCAGACUUCGAGCACGUCUUCCGGGCCUCUCCACUGUGGGCCAGGCUGCAGGAGCAAGUGGCAGCGCCCCCGCCGGCUUCUUCGACGUCGACCACGUCUCCAGCGGACGUCACCGAGCCUCCGCCCGCCUACCGCCUGUUUGAGCAGGCCGUCAAGGGCGAGCGGCGGAAGGGCCUCAUCCUCGGCCGCACGUCGUACACGGUGCCCUUCCGACACCAGGUCAAGGCCCUGCUGCGGCGCGACCUCCGGCGCAAGGCGAGGGGAUGGCCCGACCUGGUCGCUCUCUACGGCUUCAACCUCUGCAUCUCGAUCCUCAUCGGCACCGGCUAUCUGCUGCUCGCCUCCACCGCCAGCGGCGCCUUCAUGCGCGGCGGCCUCCUCUACCUCACCAUCCUCUACCCGCCGUUCGAGGCGUUUGGCCUGGUGGCCACCUGGAUGGAGUCGGCGACAAUCGGCGCGCGCCACGUCGAGUACCGCUUCCACAGCCCGUCGGCCUCGGAGCUCGCCUUCUGGCUGGCCGAGAUGCCGUCGCUGAUCCCGCAGCUCUUCGUCUUCCUGCUGCCCCUCUACUUCCUCUCGGGCCUCGAGCGCACGGCCGGUGCCUUCUUCACCCUCUACCUCGUCGUAUUCGGCGUCUACAACACCUUCAUCUUCUUCUACCGCGCCUCGAUCGCCUUUCUCGGCCACGACUUUAGCGCCGUGAUGCGCUUUAACGUCGUCAUGCUCACCGGCAGCAUCAUCUUCAGCGGCUACCUCGUCCCGCUGCGGUCGCUGCCGUCGUUCACAAAGUGGCUCUACUAUGUCAACCCGAUCCGGUACGCGUGGCAGGCCACCAUGACCAACGAGUUCCGCGGCCUCGUCCUCGAGUGCGACCCGGACCAGGUCGUCCCGCGCAACGUCGAUGGCCUCGAUCUGGGCUACGGCAGCUCGAUUGCCGACCGCACCCAGGCCUGCAACAUCGCCGGCGCUGGACCGGGCGACUCAUCGGUGCGUGGCAGCGACUACCUGCGAUCCGCGUUCGGGUUCAGCGCUACGAGCUCCGAGAUGUGGCGCAACAUUGGCAUCCUGUUCGCCUUCGCGCUCGGCCUGCUCCUGCUCGCCCUGGUGGGCGCCGAGAUCAGCUCGCGACGCCUGCGUGCGCAGCCUCCGGGCCAGGUCGCGGUGCGCCGCGGCAAGUCGAGCGUCGCCGCACAGGCCGAUGACGACGUCGAAAAGAGCGCGACGGACCGUGUCUCGACGACGACAGAAGCUGCGAGCCCGCCCUCGGCCUCCCGCGAGAGGAAGCUCGCGCCGCGGGCCGGCCUCACGUGGACCGAUGUGAGCUACGAUGUCCCCGCCAAGGGCGGCUCGAAGCGCCUGCUGCACAACAUCACCGGCUUUGCGCCCCGCGGCACCCUGACGGCACUCAUGGGCGGCUCGGGCGCGGGUAAGACGACGCUGCUCGACGUGCUGGCAAGGCGCAAGACGAUCGGCAAGGUUCAAGGCACCAUCUGCUUCGAAGGGCGACCCACGGACGCCGCUUUUUCGCGCCACUUGGCCUACUGCGAGCAGAUGGACGUCCACGAGCCGACCUCGACCGUAUACGAGGCGCUGCUCUUCAGCUCGAAGCUGCGCAGGCCGACAACAACGACACCCGAGGAGCACCGCAGGGGCGUCCUCGAGGCCCUCGAAUUGCUCGAGCUGCGUCACCUGGCCGACACCCAGAUCGGUCACGGCAGCACGGGCAUCUCGACCGAGGCGCGCAAGAAGCUCACCAUCGGCGUCGAGCUCGUCGCCCAGCCUGAUUCCGUCAUCUUCCUCGACGAGCCCACGUCCGGGCUGGAUGCCCAGGCGGCCACGACGAUCGUCGCGACGCUGCGCAAGCUGGCCGACCAGCAGGGGCUGUCGUGCGUCUGCACCAUCCACCAGCCGAGCGCCCAGCUGUUCGAGAGCUUCGACCGGCUGAUGCUGCUGGGGCGCGGCGGCGUGCCCGUCUACUGCGGCGAGAUCGGCGAGGGCUCGUCGGCGGUGCUGUCGAGCUUUGCGCGCCACGCCGACGACGGCUUCCACCGCGACGACGCCAACCCGGCAGAGACGAUCAUCGCGCUUGUCGGCGGAGACCCGGAGAAUGCCCAGCGCUGGGAACGGCACUGGCGCGAGUCGCCCGAGUGCCGCGCGCUCCACGAGCAGGUCGCCGCGCUCAACACUGCGGUGCACGACGAGGCGGCGGUGGCGGCAGCGGCCACCGCUCCGGCCAGCGAGGAGGGCUACCCGACCUUUUUUCGGCAGCUCUGCAUCGUGCUGGGCCGCGAGCUGCGGGCGCAGUGGCGCUCGCCCGACUACUACUACACGGCGGCCGUGGUGCACCUCGCCACGUCGCUGCUCGUCGGGCUGACGUGGCUGCAGCUCGGCACGUCGGCGACGGACCUGCAGAACCGCGUGUUUGCCAUCUUUGUCGCCAUCUUCCUGCCGGCCUUCAUCUUUGCGCAGGUGCAGCCCGUCUUUAUGGAGUCGCGCAAGGUCUUUGUGCGCGAGUCGGCCAGCGGCACGUACGGCCGCGUCGUGUUUGGCGCGGCGCAGCUGCUGGGCCAGGUCCCCGGGGCGGUGGGCGCGACGGUGCUCUACUUUGUGCCGUUCUACUACCUCUGCGGCCUGCCGGCCCAGUCGAGCCGGGCGGGCUUCGUCUUCCUCGUCCUCCUCGUCGCGGAGCUGUACGCGUUUGCGGCGGGGCAGGCCAUCGCGGCGCUGGCACCCAACCUGGCCAUCGCGGGCGUCAUGCUGCCUUUCAUCCUGAUCGUCUACGAGCUCUUUGCCGGCGUCACGAUCCCGGGCCCGGACAUGGUGCGCUUCUGGCGCAGCUGGCUGUACGAGCUCAACCCGUACACGCGCCUCGUCUCUGCGCUCCUCACGUCGGUGCUGCACGAGGUCCCCGUGCGGUGCCAGGGCGAGUCCGAGGUCGUGUCCUUCCUGCCGCCCGUCGGGCAGACGUGUGGGCAGUACGCGGCGGCGUUUGUCGAGGCCGUGCGCAAGGGCUACAUUGUCAACCCGGACGAGGCGGCGGGCGCGGGCGCGUGCGCCUACUGCCCCUACCGCGUUGGCGACGACUUUACCGACGGCCUCGGCUUCCACUACUCGCUGCGGUGGAGGGAGUUUGGCAUCCUCGUCGCCCACUGGUGCAGCAUGGUCGUCAUCCUGCUCGCGGCGUGCAAGUUCAUCAACUACAACCGCCGGUGA